AUGGUAACGAAAGAAACAAGUAUGAAGUGUCUUUCACUAUGCCUUCUUUUAAGCUUGCUGAGCUUCUCAGGGGCCGAUCUCGAGUUGGGCUUUUACGAAAUAACUUGCCCUAAUGCGGAAAAGAUCAUAUUCGAGUAUGUCAAGGAACACAUAUCGAAAACGCCAUCGUUGGCCGCCCCACUCCUUAGGAUGCACUUCCAUGACUGUUUUGUUAGGGGUUGUGAUGCUUCGGUUUUGAUCGAUUCCACGAGCAAAAAUAAAGCGGAGAAAGCGGCAUUUCCAAAUCAAAGCCUUCGAGGUUUCGACUUCGUCGACCGAGUGAAGAGUUUGCUCGAAAAGGAAUGCCCUGGUGUUGUUUCCUGCGCUGAUAUAAUCGCCUUAAUUGCGAGAGAUUCUGUUUUAGUCACAGGAGGACCCUUCUGGAAUGUUCCGACCGGACGAAGAGACGGGCUGAUAUCGAAUUCCACGGAGGCCUCGAACAACCUUCCGGCCCCGACAUUCAAUUUCACUUCCCUCCAAAGAUCUUUUGCUAGCAAAGGGCUAAAUCUAAAAGACUUGGUAGUGUUAUCUGGUGCUCACACAAUUGGAGUCUCGCAUUGCACAUCGUUCGACAAGCGCCUUUACAAUUUUACAGGGAAAGGCGAUCAAGACCCUUCGUUGGAUAAGUUUUACGCUUGGAAUUUGAAGAAGAACAAGUGUAAAUUCCUCAACGACACGAAAACUAUCGUCGAAAUGGACCCAGGUAGUCACAGGACCUUUGAUCUUGGAUACUACAAGCACUUAAUGCAAAGAAGGGGCCUAUUCCGAUCGGACGAAGCUCUUAUGACAAACCCUGUGACUAAGUCCUACAUAACUCAAAUUCUCAGUAGUCCUCUUGAAGAGUUCUUUAAAGAAUUCGCGUUAUCUAUGGAGAAGAUGGGGAGAAUUGAGGUUAAGACAGGAUCAUUUGGCGAAAUAAGAACAAAUUGCGCGGUUCGAAAUAGCUAAAUUUGUUCAAAUCAUUGGUUUAAGCAAUUUGAAUUUGUCGCUUUAGUGUAAAAGUUGAAAACUAGCUUGUUUCCAGGA